AUGCCCUCUCCAUACUCGGACAACCUCUACUCGGACCCGGACCCUGCAGGCUCAAACCCUGCAGCGAACCGUGACGACGAUGCUUCCGCCGCCUCAGCCCUGUCCCCUUCGGAUGGAUACUUUCGCAAUGACGAUGACUCCGCCGUCUCACCUACCUCCCAACAGCCCUCCCAUGCGUCGCGUCGCUCUGGCAGUACGCCCUACGUGCCCAAUGUCUUGGUCGCGGAUCCCACCCUAGCCAAGGAUCCCGACUCCAAGGCUCAGAUUGCGCAGCAUCUGAUAAAUAGCGACGCUGCCCCUGGCGCCGCCUCCACCUCUUCUCCCCAUCCUCAUCACAACCCCGAGUCGUACUACUACCCAUCCGCCUCUCCAUCUGUCUCAGGCGCCUCCAUCGCCACGCCCAGCACAGUCACCUCCUACCCCUACGCGCAGAGCAAUCGUCACCACUCCAGUGUGCAGGACGGACCCUCGCAACAGCAACACCGGCAGCUUCACGUCAACACGGCGCCCCAGCACCACCCCUCCAACUACAAUCCCUCAGCCUACCAAGGACGAGGUGACGCGCCGCCUGCCUACACCCCGUCGUCGCCGGACAACGACCCCAACCGCCACAGCUACUCUACCUUCCCCUCGUCGACGCCUCCCAGGAUGGGCGUUCCCGAAGAACACGAUCGGCUACUGUCUCCUCACCAGCAGCAAGCCUUCUCCGACCCGCCCAAGCAACCCCUCUGGCAGCGUAUCAGAGAGUCCCACGACUCGGGCUCUCUGCGCAAGAAGGUGAAGAAGAUUCUCGGCAUCCUCGUCUUUGUUUCCAUUAUCUUGGUCUUUAUGGGCUUCAACAUGUCUGGACCCGCGUAUAGAAAACGCAUCAUUGACAAGUCUCCCAUUCGUAUCCCUGACAUGGAUGAGAGCGAGUUGGUCUGGCAUCCCGGGAGAUCAUGCCGCGAUAGCCCUCACACUUAUCCCAAAGAGACCUUCCACGCCAGCCCCAGCUCCGAUAGAGUGCUCUUCAUUGAGCAGACCAUCCGCAAGAGGGGUUGGACGGAACCUAACGGUCCCAUGCCCAGCGUCAACGGCGAAGUGAUUCUGCGCCCCACCAAGUCUGGGAAGGCGGAACUUGACGUUGAAAUUAUUGCCAACUACAAGGAUUUGGACAUCGACGUUGAGUUCAGCACCAACGGCGGUACAGACCACCUCAAAGUUACCACGCCCCGCGUUGUCCCAGAUGCCUCGUCCCGCGACGUCUGUAUUCAGAUCCGCAUUACCGCCUGGAUCCCUGAAAAAGCCCUCGUCAAUGCCCUCUCCGUGAGCACCGUCUCCCUCAACGUCUUUGUCCAAGAGGGCCUGGCCCUUGGCGCUGAGAAUGAGGUCAACUUUUCCACUGUUGCCGGCAACCUCAUAUUUCCAGCCGACGAUUCCGACGUCGAGCCCUACAAGCUGGAGGCCCCUAGCUACAAGUACUCGACCGUCUCGGGCGAUGUUAAGGGCUGGCUCCCCAUGUACCACAACCUGCGAGCCAACACCGUCUCGGGCAAUAUUUUCGGCCAGAUUACACACAAGGACAUUGUGCUUAAGGAGUCCGAGUCCUCGCUGCUGGAUAUCUCUUCUGUGUCCGGAGAGCUCAAAAUCAACGAUGGCAGCCAGGACGUGGGAGCAGCUGGUGCCAAGAUCCCCGCGCGCGACUACCUCGUGAAGUUGUCGACGACGUCCGGCGACAUCACUGCCAACGUUUUCAUCGGCUCGUCGUCCGCGUUUGCCUCAACAUCAGGCAACUUCAAGCUCGAGCUCGUGCCCGUCCUGGAUGACCGCUGGCUGCACACCUCCUGGCGCCCGCUGCUCAAGACGGAGAGCACCAGCGGCGAUCACCGCGUGCAGAUUUCCGAGCCGCAGUUCAUCACCAUUCCCGACAAGAUGAACCCGCACAAGCGGCCCACGCUCCCCGAGACAGACAAGGACAAGCAGAACAAGGAGGCACCCAACCAGGACGGCCCGGAAAUGAAGCGCCGUCGCGUCACGACGAACAAGCGCGGCCUCACUGCGUUCGAGUCACGCCACUCGUCCAUCAGCGGCAGCUUGCACCUGCACUACCCCGGCUCCUGGGAAGGCAUGUUUUCGGCCGACGCCAUGUCGUCGGACAUAACCGUGCGCGGCAAGGACGUUGUCGUGGACAAGAAGAAGGGCGGCUUCGUCGGGAAGACUGUUGCCGGGCACAAGGGCGACGGCACCUCGUCGCUCAAGAUUAACGAGUUGUCGGGCAACGUCGUCUUGACUAUCGGGCAAGAGUAG